AUGAGGGAGGAGCAACCGUCGUCGCUACCCUCAUCGGCGACGAUUACACGGCGACAUCAAUCCGAACGACGGGGAGAAUUUCCGGCAUCUGUCAAUACCAAUUCUACCAAUAUGGAAAUCACGAUCGCUCAGUCUAAACAUCCGCAAUUUUUUAAAUCCAUCGACGAUUUGGCUGCGUUAUCAGCUGCAGUAGACGCCUUCAAACGCCACUACGACGACCUGCAGAGACACAUGGAUUACAUCGAGGACGCUAUUGAAUCCAAACUCAAGAGUAGCGGUAUCGACAUCGCUGCCUCUUCCUCCUUCCACUCGGCGUCGCCAUUGUUAUCAAACGAUGCUUCUGGAGACACCGCCGUGAUUGUGGGUCAAUCGACAGUGUCGGAUAAGGCGGAGGUUCAACGAUUGUGCGAGUUGAUGUGCAGCAAAGGCCUGCGCAGAUACAUGUACACGAAUAUCUCUGAUCGAGCGAAGCUAAUGGAAGAGCUCCCGGCAGCUCUGAAGCACGCCAAGGAGCCAGCGAAGUUCGUGUUGGAAUGCAUUGGGAAGUUUUACUUACAAGGGCGCAAAGCAUUUUCCAAGGAUUCGCCUAUGAUCCCUGCGAGACAGGUUUCUCUUCUUAUUAUGGAGGCGUUUCUUCUUAUGCCGGAGCUUGGCGAAGACAAGAAGAAGCUCAAGAUUAGGAUUGAGAGUUCUAUCAAGGAUGAGGCGGAGGCUGCUGCUGUUGCGUGGAGGAAAAGACUGAUGGUUGAAGGAGGAUUAGCUGCGGCAGAGCAAAUGGACGCAAGGGGUUUGCUUCUACUGAUUGCUUGUUUUGGGGUUCCUUCAAACUUUAGGAAUAUGGAUUUGUUGGAUUUGAUACGGAAGAGUGGCUCUGCUGAGAUUGCUGGUGCUCUUAAACGGUCAACCUUUCUUGUUCCUAUGAUUUCAGGUAUAGUUGAAUCAAGUAUCAAGCGUGGAAUGCAUAUUGAAGCUCUGGAGUUGGUUUAUAUCUUUGGGAUGGAGGAUAGGUUUUCAGCUUCUUCACUUCUAACUGCAUUCUUGAGGAUGAGCCAGGAGUCAUUUGAGAGGGCUAAACAGAAAGCCCACUCACCAGUGGCAUUUAAAGAGGCGAAUGAAAAGCAAUUAGCUGCGCUAUUAUCAGUGAUGCAGUGUUUGGAGGCUCACAAGUUAGACCCUGCGAAGGAAGUACCAGAGUGGCAGAUCAAAGAGCAAAUGAUUAAGCUGAAGAAAGACACUCUUCAGCUCAACAAAGAGAUGAAAGAGAAAGCACGAUCCAUCAGUUUAAUGGAGGAAGAAGUACUCGCCAAUAGAUUGUAUAACCAACAGACGAAACGUCCAAGGUUGUCAGCCAUGGAAAUGCCACCAGUAGCUUCUUCAUCUUAUUCUCCUAUCUACCGUGAUCGAAGCUUUCCUAGUCACAGAGACGAAGAUAGAGAUGAAAUAUCAGCUCUUGUGAGUAGUUACCUCGGCCCGUCAUCAGCAUUUCCUCACCGCUCAAGUCUCAGGAGAUCCCCUGAAUAUAUGAUUCCACAUGGUGGUAUAGGAAGAAAUGUAUCUGCAUAUGAACAUCUGCCUCCAAAUUCUUAUUCUCCGGUUUCAAGUAUGUACUCUCCAGUUUCCGGACAGAGACCUCGACUGUACUCUCCUCCAAUCCAUGGGCAACAACAAAUACCAUUUGGUCUACAAAAUGUUUACAGCAGACAUUCACCAUCUGGUGAAAGAUAUUUGAGUUUGCCCGAUCACAGGUCUCCUCAUCGUAACUCAUCACUAGACCACAUUGGAGGAAUGUAA